AUGGCAUGCGCCGGGACCUUCGCCACGAUCCUUCUGGGGCUGUGCAUCAUCGGCUGCGCUGUGCGCCCUUCGCGAGAGGCGGUCCAGCAGCUCCUGGAAACAGAGGUAGCGCCUCCAGAUGUCCGCCCGAUUGCAGAGGCGGGUACUGCUUUUCUGGAAGGCGACUCAGCCGCAUACUCUCACUGCGAUGGACUUCCGCGCAAUGGCAGCCACGUCAUUAACAAGACACGCUUCUUCAGCACCAGUUGCACCUGGCAUGGGCAGCCAGGGCUGCAGGUGACCCUCAAGGAACCGCUGACCUUCCAAGGCAAUUUGGUCUUGACGGGUGAGAUACAGAUCAUGGGGGAGCAGGAGCUGGAAGGACCCUGUAUCACUGUGCGCGGGGAGAUGACGGUGAUUGCCGCGAACGCCAGCUUCGUUGGCUGCAGAAACAGAAUGGAGGACGAAGCAUUAUCUUGGGAUGCUCGGAGUGGCCAGGAUGGAGAAGGAGGAGCUCUGCGCAUCCAGAAAGAUUUCAUCGUCAGCAACAGCAGCGUCAUGUUCGAGAGCUGCAGUGCAUCAAAAGGACAUGGCGUCAACGCACUCAUUGAAGAUUGCGCUGUAUCUCUGACUGCUGAGGGGCCCUGGCUCAUGUUGGAACUGCCUUGGGCCGAUCGUGGUGGCGUGAUGGAGCAUACUAGCGGCGGCCUGAGCAUCACCCACGGCGGCAAAGUACAUCACGGCGGUUCCCUCGCUUUCAAGGCGUGCAAUGCCAGCAGCAUCGGCGGUGGGAUUUACAUGGAUGCCGGCAAAGGACAAUUUCGCAAGCUGCUUCUUGAUCGUUGCGAUGCUGACAUGACUGCAGCCGCCUUGGCUGCAAUUGCAGCCAAUGGCGCAGAAGCGGAAGUGCGAAUCGAGGAGCUCUCACUGUCGAGGGGCAGCGAAGGGAAUGUCAACGACAUCGCAGUCGCAGGCCUCUUGAAGCUCGACUCGGCUAACCUGAGUACCGAGUCGAGCUCCGGCAUCUACAUCUCAGCACAUAACCUGUCUUUAGAAGACGUGAUGAAUUGCACGAGCACCUCUACUUGCACGUUCUUUGCGAACGCCGCCAGAAGUUCCACCUUCCUUUGCCCUUUGGGCACGGGGUCGGUGGAUUUCGAAGAGUUGCGUGAUUUCGGCUGCCUGGCAUGCCGGCCAGGGGACGCGCAGGUUCUGAACAUGACGAAAAGGCCGUGCAGUCAGUGCCCCGAAGGGGCUUCUAAGUGCUUGGCCAGCGAGCUGAAGAUGGAGCCCGGGCUCAUGGUGGAAUUGGAGAACGUCAACGGCAGCUUCCACUGUCCUAACGAGGCUGGGAAGAUUAGGGAUCCCUUUAAGGAUUUUAUGACUCUAUGA